AUGACUCAGGCGGUGGAGGUGCUGAAUCGGUAUGGGACGGAUAUGGUGGGAGAGCCGAGGGGUUCCGAGUCUGAGUGUUUGGCGGGUUUCGAGUGUUUUCUGAACAUUGUGAGGGCGCUGGGAAUGGGAUCGUGCAUAUCGGAGGUUGGGGGUGGUGGUAGUUCCCCUCCUCUUCUUUCUUAUUCGCCUGAAUCCAAUACGGAUGGUGGGAAGAGGAGGAGGUUGAGGAGUUCCUCAUCCUUUGAUUUCAAAGUGCCUGGUAGGAUGUUCUUGAAUGGGUCAAGCGAGGUUGCUUCCAUGUUUUGUAAGCAAGGAAAAAAAGGGAUCAACCAAGAUGCUAUGCUUGUUUGGGAGAACUUUUGCUCAAAGGAAGACGCCAUUUUUUGUGGUGUUUUUGAUGGUCAUGGACCUUAUGGCCACAGAGUUGCAAAGAAAGUUAGGGAUUCUUUUCCUUUAAAGCUUAAUGCCCAGUGGGAUUUGCAUAAUAAGAACAGAGAUGGACUCAAUGAUCAUAGCAGUGCCACAGGAUGUUAUAAAUCUGAAGGGAAUGGAUUUAGGCAGGUUGACGAGAAAAGUAGCCCCACUGAUCAUGAACCUGACGAGAAAAGUAGCCCCACUGAUCAUGAACUUGGUGGAUCAGAUACCUUUUUGACAUUAAGAGAAUCUUUUCUGAAAGCUUGUAAACUUAUGGACAAAGAACUGAAAAUGCAUUCUGAUAUUGACUGCUUUUGUAGUGGGACUACAGCAGUUACCGUGGUCAAGCAAGGGCUGAACCUUGUUAUUGGAAAUAUUGGAGACUCGAGAGCUAUACUGGGUACCAGAAAUCAAGCUGAUUCACUUGUUGCUGUUCAGUUGACCAUUGACCUUAAGCCAAAUCUUCCAAGGGAAGAAGAGAGAAUCAGGCUUCGUAGAGGAAGGGUUUUUUCCCUUCAGAAUGAACCUGAGGUGGCUCGAGUGUGGCUGCCGAACUCUGAUUUCCCUGGUCUUGCUAUGGCUCGGGCAUUUGGAGAUUUUUGCCUGAAGGACUUUGGAUUGAUUGCUGUUCCAGAGAUCUCAUUUCACCGCCUUACGGAGAAGGAUGAAUUUCUUGUAUUAGCAACAGAUGGGAUUUGGGAUGUUUUAUCAAAUGAAGAAGUCGUGGACAUUGUAGCAUCUAAUCCACGGUCUACUGCUGCUAGAGCACUGGUUGAGUCAGCUGUUCAGGCAUGGAGGACAAAAUUUCCCUUUUGCAAGGUUGAUGAUUGUGCCGCGGUUUGCCUCUUCUUUGAUCCAGAUACUGAUUUCAAGUCAAAUGAUACCAAAGGGAAGUUGGUACCGGAGGCAUCUGUUGACCAAUCUGAGCAGUUAUCAUGA